AUGUCGCAGACCAUCGAAGUACAGCAGAACGAUGCGAGUAGUAGCAGGGGAAGCAACGAUGAGCCGGAGAAGACACAGAAGAGCAGAAGGCCGCCGAAUAACGCUUUCCGACAACAGCGACUGAAAGCAUGGCAGCCCAUCCUCACCCCCAAGACCGUUCUGCCGCUGUUCUUUGCAGUCGGCGUAAUAUUCGCGCCCAUUGGAGGUCUACUGCUCUGGGCCAGCUCAACAGUGCAAGAGCUGAUCAUAGACUACUCCCAAUGCAAUACCACAGCGCCAGCAUGUGGUGACGGGUCUUAUGGUGAUAUUCCGAGCGACGCGAUCACGAGCCACUUCAAGAACAGCACAGAUCCCGCGAAUCGACCUACCUGGUGUAGAGAAGAGAGGAGAGUCGGAUACCCAAACGAAGCCGAUGGCCCAGCAUUCGUCGAUACUGCUGUGUGCCGCCUACAAUUCUACAUUCCAGACGAUAUUGGUCCUCCGGUCUUGAUGUACUACCAACUCACGAACUUCUACCAAAAUCACCGCCGAUAUGUGCAAUCCUUCGAUCAGGACCAGCUGAAGGGCGACUACCGCGACAACAAGACUAUCUCAGGAAGUGACUGUGAUCCACUUAGGCAGGAGGAUGUGAAUGGAGUCAGAAAGCCUUACUACCCUUGCGGUUUGAUCGCCAACUCGAUGUUCAAUGACACCUUCCAAGUGCCGGUGCUUUUGAACGCAGCAGGGGAGAGCACCAGCAAUGUGACGUAUAACAUGACAAGAGAUGGCAUUGCCUGGAACUCCGAUGCAGAUCUUUACGGCGAAGUGGACACCACCAAGUAUCCUUAUGGGUCCGUCGUGCCACCUCCUAACUGGCGCGAGCGUUAUCCUGAGUACAACGAGACCUUUCCAUAUCCGAACUUGAAGACUUGGGAGGAGUUCCAAGUGUGGAUGCGGACAGCAGGCUUGCCCACAUUCAGCAAGCUCGCGCUUCGUAACGACAACGAGUCGAUGCAGAUCGGCCGGUAUGAGAUGGUGGUGUAUGACUACUUCCCGGUGCUUCUGUACGAUGGCACGAAGUCUAUCUUGAUCUCGACCAGAACAGUCAUGGGUGGUCGCAAUCCUUUCCUCGGCAUCACCUACAUAGUGGUCGGCGGACUUUGUAUCGUGCUUGGUGGACUGUUCACUGCUACCCAGCUCAUCAGGCCCAGGAAACUGGGAGAUCAUAGCUACUUGACCUGGAACACAGACCAGCCAAGCACGGCAACUACAACCGGACGAGCACCUCGACCUAACGACGCAGCAUGA